GAGGCUUCUCUAUUCCAGAUACUUCUAAGAUUGAAGACUGUUUGCUAGUGGGGAGACUCCAGCUCCGGCAGCCAGUUGGGCAGCGGCAAAGUAAAAUGGACAGUGAGAAACAGACGUUCCAGCCACCUCUCCAACGCCCAGAGGUCCCGGAGCUGUUCUCUGGCGAACUCCUUUCCCAGCUGGAGUCUCUGAGCCUUCUGGACUAAGGGAGCCCAGGGAGCGCCUGGAAGCUGCUCCUCGGAGAUGCCCUCGCCUGAGCAGUAAGAACUUCCCGUUGAGUCCCUGCAUUCCCUCCACCUGAAACUCCCCAGGAGAGAGGGGUGGAAGACCCCAGGGGGAGGGGAGAGGGGGAUCCUAACGCAGCACUUUCUCCCCUCCCCCUCCCCCCGCCGGGCGCGCAGGCAUGGAUGUGCUCAGCCCGGGACAGGGCAACAACACCACCGUGUCCGGGGGUCCCUUCGGGACACGCGGCAACGCUACUGGCGUCUCCGACGUGACCUUCAGCUACCAAGUGAUCACCUCACUGCUGCUGGGCACGCUCAUUUUCUGCGCGGUGCUGGGCAAUGCGUGCGUGGUGGCCGCCAUCGCCCUGGAGCGCUCCCUGCAGAACGUGGCCAACUAUCUCAUCGGCUCGCUGGCUGUCACCGACCUCAUGGUGUCGGUGCUGGUGCUGCCCAUGGCUGCGCUCUACCAGGUGCUCAACAAAUGGACACUGGGGCAGGUCACCUGUGACCUGUUCAUUGCCCUCGACGUGCUGUGCUGCACCUCGUCCAUCCUGCACCUGUGCGCCAUUGCACUGGACAGGUACUGGGCCAUCACGGACCCCAUCGACUACGUGAACAAGAGGACGCCCCGGCGCGCCGCUGCGCUCAUCUCGCUCACUUGGCUCAUUGGCUUCCUUAUCUCCAUCCCGCCCAUGCUGGGUUGGCGCACCCCCGAAGACCGCUCGGACCCCGACGCGUGCACGAUUAGCAAGGACCACGGCUACACUAUCUACUCCACCUUUGGCGCUUUCUACAUCCCGCUGCUGCUCAUGCUGGUUCUCUACGGACGCAUCUUCCGAGCUGCGCGCUUCCGCAUCCGCAAAACAGUCAAGAAGGUGGAGAAGAAGGGAGCGGACACCCGCUUUGGGGUGUCGCCAGCCCCACAGCCCAAGAAGAGUGUAAACGGCGAGCCGGGGAGCAGAGAAUGGAGGCAGGGUGUGGAGAACAAGGCAGGGGGGGCUCUGUGCACCAAUGGCGCCAUGAGGCAGGGUGACGAGGGCGCCGCCCUGGAGGUGAUUGAAGUGCACCGGGUGGGCAACUCCAAAGAGCACCUGCCGCUGCCCAGCGAGGCGGGUGCUAUCCCUUGCGCCCCCGCCUCCUUCGAGAAGAAGAAUGAGCGCAACGCGGAGGCCAAGCGCAAGAUGGCCCUGGCCAGAGAGAGGAAAACGGUGAAGACGCUGGGCAUCAUCAUGGGCACAUUCAUCCUCUGCUGGCUGCCCUUCUUCAUCGUGGCCCUGGUCCUGCCCUUCUGCGAGAGCAGCUGCCACAUGCCCACCCUUUUGGGCGCCAUAAUCAACUGGUUGGGCUACUCCAACUCUCUGCUCAACCCUGUCAUUUACGCCUACUUCAACAAAGACUUCCAAAACGCGUUUAAGAAGAUCAUCAAGUGCAAGUUCUGCCGCCGAUGAUGGUGGAGUAGUCGGCGAGUAGGCCCGCCCCAUCCUCUCUGCCUCCUCCAGCCCUCUGGAAUCAACACCUCGCUACUUUUCCUCUUUCUCGGCUGCUCGGGGUCCCCCGCUUCCAGACCUCGUCCCUCCUCCCCCGUCACCCAAUCCCCUGCUCGGACGGAGGGAGUGCUCUUUGUGCAAAGAGCCCCAGCGGAGGGUCUGGAGGGCUUGGGAAACUCCCCGAUCUGUGAUAAGCGACCUUGGCUCAGACUUUGGCCUCAGAAUCAGUUCUGAUCCCUGCACUUGCCUCGUCCCUCUUCUGCACCCAAAUCUUCGCGGCGGAAGUUUAAACCUCAGCCGUUCAAGGCAAACAAUCUACACAGAAAAACAGUACACCCAGCUGCCGCGUCCACUAACGGCUCCCACCUGAUCGCCCCAUUGCCAGAACUUGGAUUUAAGGUUCAGGAGUUUGCUUCAUUCCCUAUUCCCAACUCUGUCCCGCCCUCUCCCUGGAAACUCACUUUUAUUUUUCAGUUUCAUCCCUUCUUUCCAGCUUCUCUUUAUGACCCCCUUAGUCCCUCUGCAUAGGUUUGCUAGUCGGGAAAAGCUGGAGGGUCUGUUUUUCCCAUUGACUGUGGUGUCCCUGGUAAUCCCCGCCCCCUCUAUGUAGACUUGCAGAGUAACUCUUCCGCGCACAGCCCCCAGGCUCUGUUUUCUUGGACUCCAAACAAGUGGCCAGAAGCUGUCUCUUAGAGUGGACUUAACUGUAUGGCAAUGGUUUUUGGACAUUUAUUCUUCCUACUUCGGAGGAAUUACAUCAAAAUGAGGAAGGAGCAUCCAACUGGAGCAUAAUUGCCAAGGCAAUAGAGAAAUUUGGGGAAUAAGUGCACAGCAGUCAACAGCCCCUGAUGCUUUUUAUUUCUUUUAGUCUUUGUAUUAAGACAAAGUAUAUAUGCAUCAAAAUUGGCCUUCACUUUUCUCUGUGACA